AACGGUUUGGGGUCACGUGACAGUAAAUGUACACAGUCUGUCAAACCUGUAUGUCCACAUCAUCUCUGCGGAAGAUCAUGAACCUUUAUAUCGCAGAGUAAGCGUAUUAGACACAUAUCGGAAUGAGAGCAGAUUUGACACUUCUGCUCGUCUGUUUGCUGCUGCCUGCAGUCAGAGGCACAUUAUCAAGGACCGAUGGCAAGAAAGCCAGUAAGAUCCAGGAGGCGGAGACAGCAGCGGCGGAUCGUCCGGUGCAGGAGCGCGGUCUGGCGGUGACGGAGCCUCAGUGGCGGGACAUAGUGAGAGAGGAGAAGAGGUUCUGUCCCCAGUGUGUGUCCACACGACACUUUAGAGGAGCUGUACUGGGAUACAUCACACCUUGGAAUUCUCAUGGAUAUGACAUCGCUAAGGUGUUUGGUCCGAAGCUGACGUCGGUGUCUCCGGUGUGGCUUCAGCUCAGACGGAGGGGACCAGAGAGCUUCCACAUCACCGGUCUUCAUGACCAUGAUCCCGGUUGGGUCAAAGCCGUGAGGAAGGCCAAUAAGAAAAACAAAAUACUUCCUCGGCUAUUGUUUGACGGAUGGUCCUAUCAGGACUACAUGAGCGUUCUGGACAGCGAGGAUGAGAUAGAGGAGCUGGGUCGAGAGGCGCUGGAAGUGGCAAAGGCUGAAGGGUUUGAUGGUUACACACUGGAGUUAUGGAGUCAGCUUGGAGGAAAUAAGAGAAAUUUUCGAUUGGCUGUGAUGCUGUUGUGUUUCAGGCCGGGUCCGAGCGCUCCGCUGCCCUGGGUCAGAGAGUGUGUGCUGCAGCUCGCGCCUCACGGCCAGUGGAGACACAAGAUCCUGCUGGGAAUCAACAUGUACGGACUGGACUUCAGCAGCCACGGCGGAGCGGAGCCACUACUGGGCGCGAGGUAUGUUGAACUGCUGAAGGAAGUGAAACCCAAACUGCAGUGGGACGAAAAUACUGGAGAACAUUUCUUCAAUUAUAAAAGAAGUAAUGGAGUGAGGCAUGUUGUUUACUACCCCACUUUAAAGUUUCUCCAGCUUCGUAUCGCCUUGGCAGCUGAACUGGGAACAGGAAUUUCCAUGUGGGAAUUGGGACAAGGACUGGAAUAUUUCUACGAUCUUUUGUGACCCGUUUGACUGUGACCUGACCUCCGUCUGUCUGAUUUGCUUCCAAAUAAUAAAGUGCAAUUUAAUAAAGCACUUCAGAUAUUUAUGACAAUACUGUUGUUGAGCAUGCCAAUAAAAUUAUUUUUAAUUAC